AGGAGGAAUUGGCUGCUUUGGAGUUCAAAGAGGAGUUAAUGACGUACCGCGGGAGGAAGUUUGAACAGUACAUGACACAUCCAGUGGAGAUGGAGACAACCCUGGACAGUCCACUGGAAAAUAGGCGCCACUUCUGCUCAUUUCUGGCGCGCCGCAUAAACGGCAUCAACGUGAUAUUUGGAGCAGAAAUAGACUGUCAGGAUCCGAAUGCUUCUGGUACGCCUGCGCCCGGAAAAUACGUUGAAAUAAAGACGACAAAGCUACGGAACUCAAGCAGAAAAUGGAAAUACAACCAGUACAAGUUGUCCCGAUACUGGGCCCAGGCAUGUAUUGCUGGAGUGAGCAAGGUUAUCAUUGGUCUUUGGAAUCCAAAGGGACAUGCGUGAAAAUAGACGAGUUUGACACUGCGGAGAUUCCCGAUAAGGCCAAAACCAACCCGAAAACCAUGGCAACGUGGAGUGCAGAGGGAUGCAUAGACUUCCUGGAGCGGUUUCUGAAACGUGUAAAAGAGAUCGUAAUAGAGGACCAUACACAGUGAGCCCAUAACUACCGGUAUCUGCGUUGCACCUAUAAUUUAAUUAUUGUUAUGUUGUGCGUACAAUUUCACUGCAGAGGAAUUUACAAGUUUCAAUGGAGUGCGGAUAAGAAGGACGAGAUCACAGUAGACUUCCAUCCCGGUCCCUACCAUGAUUUUAUCCAGAAUGUCCUUCGUUCGCUGCGACGACCACAAUGAUCCAACAGCAAAGCGGGAACAGGAAGGAAAACAUACUUCUGUAUCAAUAAUUGCUCUCACGAGUAGCGCCUUCAUCAAGCACGCAGUCAGUACAGACAAAACCACCCAAUCACGGGACGCAAAUGCCACACUGGAGACGGAAUGCCCUGUCUUCCCCACCAACAGGGCUCCAGCCAUGUUUUCCACCUCAGCAAUUCCGGCAUUUCGCAGUGAUCCUCUUCCUCCGUGGAAAUGCCCCGAUAUCCCCGGCUGCUCGAUCCACUGCUCCUAUAUCCACGGCUUCUUUGUGCUGGAAAAGGGAGACAGCACCUACCUGAACGUGCAGUGUUUCGGCAACCGUUCCACAACAAUUCCCGUAUUCACCCAGCUCCUCCGCAACCACAGUGACCGCGCCUUGACGGUCAUGUUAGCCGAUCUCAGCCACCGCAUGGACGCUCUGCACCCGGAUGUCCUGCAGCCCAUCAAGCGCAACCUAAUCGACCUGGAGAUCAACUAUUGCGGUGUCUCCGCCACCAGGCGUUUGUACGACGCCGGGGUGUUAUCCAAUCUGAUCAGCUUGAAAUUCGCCGUGGGGCUGGAUCUGCGUAUCGGGGAACGGGACUUCUCCCGGCUCCCGCAGAUCCGCCGGAUCGUUUUCUCGGAAUUGACCAUUGCGUCCAUAGAACCCUACACCUUCACCAAUCUGCCGCACCUUCGUACACUGAAUCUGGAGGAAGAUCUGGAUCACGUGGAAUACGAAAUAGAAAGGGAGGAGUUCGCGAAGGACAAGUACGGGACGCUUCCGCAACGAGGGAAGUUAAUGCAGCAGGUGUAUGAACGGCGCUGCAACUGCUCGUACGCGUGGUUGCGGAACUUGUUCAGACGGAAACCGGAUCUGUGGGUGUGCGCCGAGAAGGAGAGAUCGCUGUCAUUGGCAACUAUCUUACUCUGCUCUCCGCUGGCAGCGUUUUAGUGGUGGACUGCGCAGUGAGAAAUUUCACAACUCUGGAGGAAAUACGCACUGGUUGGACAGGGUUGUCCGUACCGCCCGGCGUGUUCUCUGUAAACACUUCCUGUUGGAACGUAACCUGUUGAAUCACAGAACUUGAUG